UUUUAGGUUGAAAUGUAAACAAAAAUGGAGGAGGAAAGUGAAGAAAAUUUGACGUUAGCCCCAGAUUCCCCCAAAUCCCCUACUGUCUUACCAUGGGAUAGAUUUUCUAAUUGGCUUCAUUGUGCCUGUGUCGUUACUUUUGAUUUAGAAUUAGGCCAAGCCAUGGAGAUUAUCUACCCCAGCCAUAUAAGGAUGACAGAGAAAGAAAAGAUGAAUAUUUGCUACCUGUCAUUUCCAGAUUCUAAUUCAGGUUGUAUGGGUGAUACUCAGUUCCAUUUCCGUAUUAGACAGUGUCCCGGAAGAAAAUACAUCAACAAGUCCCAUAUAGAAUAUAAUAAAGAUUGUCCCAUACAGCUCAAGAGCGAUGAAGCACAUUAUUACGGCUUUGUUUAUUUUCGGCAGACAAAAGACAGAUCUAUACGUAGAGGAUAUUUUCAAAAGUCUGUUGUUUUAAUUUCCCGAUUGCCGUUUGUAGCUUUGUUCUCUCAACUAGUCAACAUUAUUGCCCCGGAAUAUUUUGAUAAUGGUGAACCCAGUCUGGAAGCAGCUUGUCAUGAUAUAGACCAGUGGGGACCCCCAGUUCCAGGGGAAACAAUGAAUUUACCAAUAUUUGGUACAGUUCUGCAGGUCAGAAUUCCGUCCCGCAGUGAUAAAUUAGUCGGUACUCAGCAACCUAGAUCUCAAGCUGCGCCUAUACUUCCAGCUCAAAGUAUAUUACCCUCUUUAUUUGAAGUUGAUAUCUACAGUGCAUUUCAAAGUAUUUUACCUCAUGUACAGAUGUUAUGGGAGCUCACCCUGACAGGGGAGCCCCUGGUUGUCAUGGCAGCUGCACCAUCUGUCACAUCAAAUACAGUGCAAUCUCUUGUCAGCUUGAUUUCUCCACUCCAUUACUGUUCAGACUAUAGGCCUUAUUUCACUAUACAUGACAGCGAGUUUAAAGAAUAUACAACAAGAACUCAAGCUCCACCUCCAGUGAUAUUGGGAGUGACAAAUCCAUUCUUCGCUAAAACAUUACAACAUUGGCCACACAUCAUCAGGAUUGGAGAAAUGGCAGGAGAUGGACUAAAAGGCAAUGAAAUUAUAGCCGCAGUGCCAAAGGGUUUCAACAAAUUAAAAAAGGCGAGCUCACUCAAAACAUUAGAUUGUAAACCAGGUGUCUACACAAGGUAUAAACCUUUACUUAUUAAAGAUAAAGGCAUUCUCAAGAGAUUGAUAAAGGGCAUGCAGUCAAAGCGGCCAGUGGAAGCACAGAAUGCGAUAUUGCGGCGACAUUUCCUCGAACUUACUCAGAGCUUCAUGAUUCCAUUGGAAAGAUACAUGGCCAGCCUCAUGCCUUUACAACGAAAUAUAUCACCUCACAAGGGGCCUCCAAGUUUGCGGCAGUUCGAUGCAGACGAGUUUAUAAAAUCAUUAGAUCAAGCAGGGCCUAACCUGACCUCAGGGGUCAAAGGUGACUGGGAGGGGCUGUAUAGAAAAUUCUUCCGCUCUCCAAAUUUUGAGGGUUGGCUUUACCACCGGCAGUUUGAAGUUAAUCAAAAACUACAAGUUUUACAUAUGGAGGCUUUAUGUCAGGCGAACUUAUUGGACUGGAUACAGGAUAAAGAAGAAGUGGAGAUUGUAGAUCUGGUUCUAAGGAUAAGAGAGAAAUUGAAAUUUGCAACAAAUAACAGCAUUGCAGUAAAAACAGAAAGUAUUAAUAAACUUGAGAAACAUUUGAAGGCUAUUAUCUCCUCCCUACCUGAAGAUCUACAAUCAGUACUCAACACUUGACAUUAAACCCAAAGGAUAAUUAAUGAACCUAAAGUGCUUUUUCAAAGUGUAAUAUAUAUAAAUAGAGCAAAAAUUGAGAAAAGUAGAAUUCUGACUGGUGAUAUUCUCAGCAGUGAUGGAAUAUUGUAAAAUUUAACCCAGAAGAUAUUUAAUUCAGAUAUAUUUAACACUUAUCAUGAACAUUAAAAAGUCUGAAUAUGUGAUAAGCAAGAUAAUCAAGUAUUGAAUGAGCCCAGGACCCUUUCAUUUCAUUGUUACUUUGUCAAUAGACUUAGAUGAUAUUUAUUUAGUUUUGUUCGUCAAAGUCACCAGGGUUCCAAUGUUAUUUGUCUCUGGUUGGUUCUUCAAAAAGGAUCAGGCCAGAAAGUAGGCCUUUUCUAUGUGUUUUAGUAAUGUUUCAGGGUUGUAAGAAAAUAAGUAAAACCGAAUCAAACAUAUUUUUCUGGCCUUAUUACUUCAUUUGUGCACACUUUUACUUCAUAAAUAAGUGUGCACCUUAUUCACAUACGAUCUUGUGUGACAUACAUUUUAUGAAAUGUAGUGCUGAUUACAUUUCUAGAAUGGUGUGCACUUUAUAUAGUGGUGAUCAUAGUGCAUUUAAGGGUUUAUACCUUAAAUAGUGGGUGUGUAUAUAGAUCACACGUAUAUACUGAUUUAUCUAUAAAGUGGUGAUCAUACUAUGUACACCAUAUAGUGUUGUUCACACUUAUGUGCAUUAGAUAUAGUGAUGAUCACACUUAAACAAUGGUACACACCAUACAUAGUUGUGGUCACACUUUUUAGUGCUGUGAAUCUUGAUAUGUUAUGGCGUACACAUUAUUCACUGACAGACUCAUUAUAAUAAGGUAUACACCUAGUGUACACUAUACACCUAGUGUACACCUCAACACUGUUUUAACACAUAAUGGUCUAUAUGGCUCAUCACAUAUGUACUCAUGAAUUGAGAUGCUUAGUUUUACCUUGAGAUUAUAUUUAGACAAUUUCAUGAUUAUAUUUAGACAAUUUUCAGGAAUACAGACACACAAAAAUAGGGUAUCUGCUUAGCUAGUGCAGGUAUAUUUUCUUUGCUUCAUAUUUAAAUGCUUUGCUUUGUGUUUUUUUAUAUUGUAUGUUACCGAGUUUUAUGGAUUCUGCUUCACAUUUAGCCCUUAUCAUGCUAACUCUCUUAAAAUGGACUUGCCCAUCUUUUAAUGUGGACAAACCCAUUUAUCAUUUUUAGGGAGAAUUUUGAAAUAAGUUCUGAUUGAAUAGGGCAGACCAUGAUAAGAUGGCAUUCAUGUGCCUGUAAUCUUGGUCUGCACUGGUUGCAUGGGUAGAAUCUGUUGCCGCCAAUAGACAAAUGGUUCAAGAGACUUAAUAUUCAAUAUUAAAGGCACAUUAUGUCUCAGAAAUGUAUAUGAAAAAAUCUUAAGAAAGAGCAAACAUGAGUUUUGUAACUUUUAAAUUAUGGUUUCAGAGCAUGUUACAUGUAAGAUACUUUCCGCAUGAAGGAAGUAGUGCUUAAUAAUAUUUGAAAUUAUUACUCAAAAAGUAGCAAAAUGUAAAGGAAGUUAUAUACAUUGAUUUCCAAACAAAAUAUGUAAAGUUGUAAACACUUGAACUGUACUAAUUGCCAAUAAAAAAACAGAAGCCAAAAUUGUUAAGGCAAUUGGUCAAUGAGUUAUGUUUUUGCAAACUAGAACAAGACACCAAAAAUAAAUAGCUGUCAUGAAAUAAAACUAUUAGCAUUUUUGAAGGUAAAUGGGCCUUUAAAAUGAAUGAAUACUGAGCUAAUAUCAACAAAAGUUGUUGAAGGUUUUUGUGUGUGUGUGUGUUUUUCAUUCACUGCCAGAGGUUAUUGUUAAACAGUUACUGUAUAUUUGUGAGGAAAAUUUCUAAGAAGUACUUUUCACUGAUCAAAGCUGGGUGGACUGUUAGUAUAAUUUUCAUGGACAAAGUUAAAAAAAUUAAAUGAUUUAUUUUAUAUUUUAUUAUGAUAGAAACAACAUGACCAAAUUACAUUGAAAUUUUAUGCAUAUCAAAAGUGUUAUACACGUCUUGUAGACUGUGAGUGAUCGGUUAUAUCCAUCUUAGAUUAUCAAUGAAUAGGUUAUAUAACUAUCCAUAGUUCUGCACAUUUGUAAUGUCACUUUUCAUUGGAUAAUUAUGACAUUUAUGUAGCUUUAUAUACACAGCUGCUGUCAAAUUAUGAAGAAAUCACAUUUUUUCUUCAAGAAAAGGAAGUUUGCUGUAUUAUAUAUAAAUUAGUUAUUAAGAUUCCUGACAGUUAAAUAGCCAUUAUGUAAACAGUUGUUUGCAAUAUAACCCUUGCUUAGGUGGCUGGGUUAUAUAUACAAAUUACCAUUUAUAUAGGGUCAUAUAACCAAAAAUCUUUAUGAACUUAAAAUAUCUAGAAAGGUUGUAAGGUGUUGUUUUGCCAGUGUGUGCUAGUGCAUUUUAUUUAUUUUAUAUGUAUAUAAAGAUGUGUAAUAGAGUAGAGGCAUCACUAAAAGAUUUGUAAUUCUAGUCCAAUUAACCAUGUGCUAAGAAUGGUGCCUUUA